GGAGGCCGGCCGGGUCUGGGGAGCUCACCGGUGGCCGGCCUGCCCCGCCCCUGUCCUCCGCGCCGAGCUUCCCUUUCGCACUCCGUUCCUCUUCCUGGAGCGCUGGCGGCGGCUGCUCGUGUCUGUCUCUGGGCUUGCAGCGCUCCUGCAGCGGUCAUGGCCGCGCAGACACGCGGGGUCGCCCUGCGGCUGUGCACCUUAGGCUUUUUGCUUGGUGUGGCUUUCUGUAAAGGAUUUGUAGAAGAUUUAGAUGAAUCGUUUAAAGACGGCCGAAAAGAUGACAUUUGGCUUGUGGAUUUUUAUGCACCAUGGUGUGGUCAUUGUAAAAAGCUGGAACCGGUUUGGAAUGAAGUUGGUGUUGAGAUGAAAAGCAUUGGUUCACCAGUUAAAGUUGGGAAGAUGGAUGCUACUUCCUACUCCAGCAUUGCUUCAGAGUUUGGAGUUCGAGGUUAUCCAACAAUUAAGCUAUUAAAGGGGGACUUGGCAUAUAAUUACAGAGGGCCACGGACUAAAGAUGAUAUUAUUGAGUUUGCUCACAGAGUGUCUGGAGCUCUGAUUCGGCCGCUUCCAAGUCAGCAAAUGUUUGAACAUGUGCAGAGGAGACAUCGUGUGUUUUUUGUUUAUAUAGGUGGAGAGUCACCCUUGAAGGAGAAAUACAUAGAUGCUGCUUCAGAAUUAAUUGUAUACACAUACUUCUUUUCUGCCUCGGAGGAUGUGGUUCCUGAGUACGUGACGCUGAGGGAGAUGCCCGCCGUGCUGGUUUUCAAAGACGGGACUCACUUCGUUUACGACGAGUACGAGGACGGUGACCUGUCAUCUUGGAUCAGCAGGGAGAGGUUUCAGAGUUACCUGACUGUGGACGGCUUCCUCUUGUAUGAACUGGGAGACACGGGAAAGCUUGUGGCUAUUGCAGUUAUUGAUGAGAAAAACACAUCAGUUGAACAUACCAGAUUGAAGUCAGUUAUUCAGGAAGUCGCCAGAGAUUACAGAGAUCAGUUCCACAGAGAUUUUCAGUUUGGACAUAUGGAUGGGAAUGAAUAUAUAAAUUCCUUGCUGAUGGAUGAAGUGAAAGUCCCAACUGUGGUUGUACUGAACACCUCAAACCAACAGUACUUUUUACUGGACAGGCAGAUCGAGAACACCGAGGACAUGGUCCGGUUCUUCCACGGCGUUUUGGAUGGCGCAGUGGAAGCCCAAGGAGGUGAUAGCAUUUUGCAGAGAUUGAAAAGAAUGGUGUUUGAUGCCAAAUCUACUAUCGUGUCUAUAUUCAGGAGCUCUCCGGUCAUGGGCUGCUUUCUCUUCGGCCUGCCUCUGGGUGUCAUCAGUAUCAUGUGCUAUGGCAUCUACACGGCCGACACGGACGGAGGCUACAUCGAAGAACGGUAUGAGGUGUCCAAGGGCGAGCUCGAAGGCGGGGACGCGGCGGCGGAGAGCAGGGAGCAGCAGGAGCCGAGGGGCGGACACUCGCCAGGGCCCGCCGGGCAGGGGCCCAAGGACGUGCUGGAAAAGAAGACGGACUGAGACUGCCCUGGAUUUCAGUUAUUAAAGAGUCUAUUUAUUGAAUUCGGACGCUUAAUCAUGGUCUUUACGGCGGACGGCGAGGUAUUUGUAUUCCGCCUCUAUCAGCUGCAUGGAGUACAGUAGUUCUUCGUAAACGUGGAGGUGUUUGGCGCAGGGAGGACUUGCCCGUCUGACACGGAAAGCACCCCACGGAAGUCCCCCGGCAGAUGUCACUCGUCAUGCACCGAGGCCAGAGCGCCCGUGUCUGUCUGAACUUGGUGACGGCGGGGAGGGUCCUGGGCGGGUGUGGAAGCCGGUCAGUCAGGGAGAAAACACGUGUUAGGUAGAGAAAGGCAAGACCUCCACCUCCUACCGUUAUCCUCUUGUAUUUUGGAUAAAAUUUAUAUGGACAAAAUUACGUCUUUACAAUCUAGUCACUUUAAGGAGAACUAAUACCUUUUUCCACAGCUCAAAUUAAUUCUAUGAAAUUUAAAAAAUUUGGUUUUAUAGAGCAUAGCCGUUUUAUUUUCUUAUUUUUUAAAGGAGAGGAAAUGUUACUUUUUAACUUUAUACUUAGUUGCAUUAUAAAAUUUUCAUAUUGGCCUAUGUAUUGGCAAAAAUAGUGUUAUGUUUAAUCUUUGCAACAUAACCAGACCCACUUGGAGCAGGGGUCUCAGACCAUGCCCUGCGCCGGGUCCCCGAAGCCACUUCAGGAGGGGAGGGGCUUUGUCACUCCUGCCCUGCUGGGGCCGGGACAGCCCACUUGAUUUCCCCGCUUUCUGUCAUGAGGUCUCUUCUGAAAAUGUCCUUCGAUAAACAGCCCGGCUGCUUUGUGGAAAGUUACAUAUGUCAUAGUCUGUUACGUUUCUGGCACGGCAGCUUCACGGUGACCUGUCCAACAUGCAUCUGUGCGUGCGCACGCACACGGACACGUGGACAGUGUUGGCAUGCGUCUGUGAUGUGGGUUAUGGGCACGGCUGUGUUCUCGGAGCAUGAUGCGUGACCCAGGCAGCCUGCCCGCAGAGUCGUGGUCGCUGAAGGAGGGUCAGCCUGCCUGCCCCACCCUCCCAGGUCUGUCAGCCUGUUCACCUCUGUCCAAGGAAUGACAGUGGUUCGAUCCCAAGUCAGGCAAAAAAGUGGUUCUUUGUAAGUAAUAGUUUGAUAUGCCUAUUGUAGAUGAGCUUAUUUAUCUUCAAGGCCUUUGUUUUACCUAAGUUUAGGAUUUUUAUUAGGUGGCUUUUGUUUAGGUGACUGGUCAUUGAGUAGUUGAGUUAUCCAAUAUGAAGAGUUUUAGUAAACAUUUAAAAAUGUUUGUUCAGCCCUGGGUGGUGUGGCUUUAGUGGAUUCAGCACUGGCCUGCAAACCAAAGGGUCGCUGGUUCAAUUCCCAGUCAGGGCACAUGCCUGGGUUGCUGUUCGGGUCCCCAGUAGGGGUGCACGAGAGGCAACUACACAUUGAUGUUUCUCUCCCUCUUUUUCUCUCCCUCUUUUUCUCCCUAAAGGUAAACAAAUAAAAUCUUCAAACAAAAAAUAAAAAUAAAAAUGUUCAUUCACUUUAAAAAUAAGGAAUUUGUGGUCCUGGCACUGAAGUUGUCUCAGGCUUUGCUCCCACGGGCAGCCGCUGGUUGUUCCUGACGCAGUGCUGGGCACAGCUGAACUGAAACCGCAUCCUGGCUCCUGUGGGGUUGUUGGCGAUCCUGUCCCUGGGUCCGUGUACUUAAUUAGCAUGGAGCCAUGGCUCAUUCUCAAGGUUUGGCACCCCGAACUGUUUUUAACAAGACACAUCCGCAGAUGCAGGGAGUUUCAGGAAAUUCUAGAGUGAAAUCUCUUGAAUGGAAAUUAGAGGUAAAUGCUGUUAAUUCUGCUGCAGUAGAAUCCGCUCAAUGGAGCAAGGAGGGGUGCUUUUGGGGGGUCCACGGGAAAUGGUAGAACAGGUCACUGCUUUUGCUUCCUGUCUGUCACUGUCAGAUGCCCAUCAGCUGCAUGUUUUGUCUUUUCUCAAGCAUCAAAGGAAAGAGCUCAGGACGACAUGCAAAAAGGCUAAAGCUCAGUGUAUAUCAGCAAACACAAGUCCAGCGGCCCUUGUCUUCUGGAAUUUUCUCGUCUCUGUGGGGUUUAAUGCCUCGGUCUCUUGUUACCUUCUUCACAACUGGACUGUGGCCCCAUAGUCUUGUAUGUUCAUAGUGUGUCUGUUGGCAAAACAAAAUGUGUGAGUGGUUUGUAAGUGAAUGAUUUGAUUCCUUCUUUUUCGUAUUUAUAUUUUGCUUUUUGCACGUCUUUAGGGUAUUGUCACACUCUUCACGAAACACUUAGAUUUUUGCCCACUGGUAUGUUUUUCCUUCAGUGUGCUAUGAGAGCUUAGUAGGAAUGCUUUUUUAUUUCUGGAAAAAGUACUUCAAAAUAAAGGUAGAUCUGUGAAGGAAUCUUGCAGAAGAACAUUCUCACCCUAGUUUGGAGAGGAAUCUUGCCAUGAUUACACGGAGGGAGUACCUCCAGUCUGUGGGACCCCCUUGCCUUCUCUGGUAGCUGCAGUCAAGUUCUCCUGCUCAUGUCUAACAUUCAGAGUCUUCCAUGCUUGCUCUUGCUGAGUCUGGAGCUCAGACAAUAUUCAAAGAUGUUUCAGAGGGAGAAAGGACGUAUUUUUAAUCAAUUCAACCUGUGUACCCCAUUGCGGUUUGUAACCUUCUUCAUUUUGUUGUGUACUUUAACAUUUCGCCAGUAUCACUGCCGCCUGAAACUUCUUUGAGGUGGAUUAGAUCUGGAGUUCUCAUUGUCUUCACAAAUCUGCUUCCAGGCAUAGGAUUUUGUAGUCACAUUAGGAGCCAAAUGCCUGCAGGUUGAAGGAAGAGUCUGUCUGAGUAACCGAUCAGCUCUAUUGUUUCUGUUCAGUGGAUUUUGGGGGGAUUGUUUGUUUUGAUUGUGCAAAUGUGAUUUAAAUGUUUUCAUCAUUGCUUCACUAUGAUAUGGAGGUAAGACAGGGAAAAAAUCACUGAACUGUUCUUAUGCAGAAUUGUCCAAGUAAACCAGUGCAGAAUGUUAAAGACUAUCAGUAAACUGGUGGGGUUAAGUUUGCCAUUUUAUUUUUAUAAAUACCUAUUUUUUUCCUGAAUGAGUCUGAGUCCAAGAGCGGGCAAACAAUUUUCUACUUUGGACUAAUGUAUAAAGGUUUUCUGAAAGCUGUAUUAUUAGCUGAAUCUCGAUACCCUGCCUUAGGGCAUCAGUUGUGAACCUUUGUUUUCUAAAAUAAAUUAAUUGAAAACGUGA